AUGGAAGUCGUCCGGUGCAGGCCCUUGAGGCAACCUAUCAUGCUGGCCAAACUGCCUGCUGAGGUUUUGUGGAUGAUCAUAUCCCCUCUUCGAUCUCGCGAUAUCUCUGCGUGCACGCGUACCUGCUUGCAGCUUCGAUGGAUCCUCACGCCUUUUCUCUACCGUCACGUCGGGAUGAGAUGGGAUAACAACGGCAAAGGCAGAUGCCCUGCAAGCCAUCGCCUGCUGGUAGCUCUGCUGGAGAAGCCCCAUCUAGGGGCCUUGGUGCAGAAUCUCCGAUUCGAAUGCUGGAUUAGCGAGAACGAGCUGUCGAGCCCCUUCAGGUGGAAAUGGAAAACUUCCCGCCCGCUGCAAAGAGUCAAUAUUCGAGCGCUAGCAGAAGGGCUCUUCUCUACGAUCAUGACCCAUGACAUUCGCCUGUUAUUGUCUACAUACCUGACGUUCAGCAAGAAUAUGACUAACCUUUCGCUUGAUGUCAUGCUCACAGACACAAAAUCUUUCCGGGAGCUUUGCAAGGACAUUCAGUUUCAUCUUGAGCAUCAGACUCCCGACUACCCCCUUCGCACGUUGCGCAGCUUCACGUGUCUUCUGACCAGGAGUCGGAAAGGCCCCCAUGGAUCGAUCAUCCGUCUCUCUCCUCGGUGUAAAGAUGACCUCCAUCAGAUUUCGACGAUGUUCUACCUUCCGCGCAUCGAAAUUAUUCACACCGUACUUCUCAACUCGGUGCGUUUUUGCUGGCCGAUACCCAGGUCUCCCCUAGCCACCAAACUUACUGUCCUACGUCUCAUCCCCACUGACAUGACCCCAACUGACCUGGCUAUGGUACUUUCAACCACGCCUAAUCUCCAGGAGCUCUGCUACUGUUUUGCAGAUACCUGCUUCUACGGUCGGCCGCAGUUCCUCCGGUAUGAUAUUGACCAACUGUGUCGAGCCCUCUCACACCUUAAACACUCCCUCAGGAUCCUAUGUCUCGUUGUGCAUGAUUUGCGGUGGAGAUGCCCCAUUCGUUGGAAAGGAUCCUUCAAAGGCACUCUCGGCUCACUGGCGAAUCAUCGCAAGCUGGAAUCGCUAACCAUUCCGUUCAUCCUCCUUUUUGGAUGGGAGGCUCCGCCACCACAGACAACGCUACAGAAAUUGCCCCAGUCGCUGCGUGAGCUUCAUCUUCGAGAUGACUGUGCUGAGUUAAGCCACUACCGGUGGGGACCCCGACUCUGCCUUGAGAGGAUUGAUGAUUUUCUGGGCCACCAUCGUCCCAACAGUCUGGAGAUGGUGAGCCUGACUGUCAACAAAAGGCCGCGACCCAAGAGAUACGAAUGGACCCGCGCGACUAAGAGCCUGUUUGUUCAGCUGUGUAUGAGGCACUCGCUGAGGACGGCCUGCAACACCGAAUCCAAUAUUAUUGCCAGUCUGUGGUGUGAGUGGGCCAAAGACGAGUAG